AUGGAGUGGGAAAAGAGCUUGGAAGAAGUUCAAGAAGGUACCGAGGAAGAUAAUUUGGAGGAUAUUGGAGAAAAUAAUUGGGUAGAGCGACUGCAAGGAACAUGGGAACGAAGACAGCGUAUGGCAGUCAUUCAACUUGUUUGCUAUGUGAUUCAUGCUUUUGCCUUAAUUAGGAUUAUUGGCCAUUUAGAAUACAUUGAUAGACCAAUUGCCUCAAAUAAUAGAGAAAAAGACUGUGUAAGGCAAGAACUCAUGACUAAGGGUGUCAAACGUGUCAGGUUAAACGGUUACGUAUCGAGUUAA